AUGCCUAUAGAAGAGCUUUCACGCGCUGAGAGCGCCGGCAGUGCCGGCAGCGGCGAGGCCGCGGAACAAAACGCGGAGAAGAUAGUCACCGUGUUUGACCUUGCCUCCGAGAUCGAGCAGUCGUUGAACCAGGCGCUUGAGCACGUUGAAAAGAACGAGGCUCAAUUCCAGCAAACGCUCAAGGAUAUACACGAGCGCCUCAAGCGGCUUGAGCAGUAG